UGUCGCGAUUCCCCCUCCCCGCCUCGGCUGAGCGGGCCACGUAACUCCAUAUGCCGUGAGUACCCCUCCCCCUGCCUGACACCUGAGCGGGCCGCCGCGGUCGUCGCAUGGAAAGUUACCGGGUGUGUGGACUGUAAAACUGAUAAUGAUUGGCUGUUUUCGACCAAUGGUUUGGGCUGUCUGUCUACUUUUAUUUGGCAGCAAUGUGGAAGCCUGCACUGAACGACCGUUUUCCAAUACAGUUCACUACCAGAGGUUCACCCGUUUGUACCGCCGACCGACCGAAUCAGCGUUCGUAACCACCAUUAAUCACAUAAGGUCCUCCGGGCCGGAUGGCUGAUCCUUUUCAGUCAUUUGUUUUUGCUUUUGAUUUCGUUUGUGAGAGUCGAUACCGUCAAGAUUUUGAAGUGCUGUGCUUGUGCGUGAUAUAUCAAGAUGGAGGAGGAGCUGAAAAUCAGGAGCCGUCUGAGAGCGCACGGGGCGGACGCUGAUUGGUCGUUUCCGGCGUCCGUAUGAGGGCGAGCGGUGACGUCAGGCCGACUGCGCCGUGUGCCGUGCAGUGUCCGCCGCCGGCGGCGCCGGGCCGGCCCGCGCAGUGGUCGGGGCGGUCGAACGGGGGACGGGCGGUCAGCGGCGGCGCAGCGCGACUGCAGACAUGAGGGGACUCAGCGCUACAGUGGCGAUCCUGGCGGUAGUCGGCGUAGUUAACUCGCAAGCAGAUAACAUGUACGGCACGGGUGGUUCGAGCUGGAGCACCUCCACGGGCGGCAGCUCCAGCUCCAGCAGCUCCAGCUCCAGCUCCAGCGGCGGCGGCGGCAGCAUCAGCAACUCGGCCAUCAGCCAGUCGCAGGCCGGCGGACGGGUGGAGAUGCAGUGUGGCGGCGUCGGCGACCGGGUCUGGUUCAGGGAAGACGGCGGCGGCCGCCGGGAGCUGGCUCGGAAUGGGCAGCUCGGCUCGGCACCCGCCCGGUACCGUCUGCAGUCCUCUGCCGGCUACGACACUCUCACGAUCAACCCCACGGAAACAUCCGACACCGGGAAGUUCAUUUGUGAGACGAGAAGCAGCAAUGGACUGACAUCUACACACACUUAUACGGUGACCAUUGGCAGCGGAGGUGGCGGAGGCGGCGGUAAUGGCGCCGCGGGGCCGCGGACGACCACCGGCGCCGCCGCCGGCCUCAUGGGGGCCAUGAUGCUGCUGCUGUAGCUCCGGCGCCCCAGCUGCUGUUGUAGCUCCGGCGCCCCAGCUGCUGCAGGACGCCCCCGACGGACGCCCUGCUAACGGGCUGUGUGCCAGCGAUCUGGCGUCACUGUCUGCCCGGAUGGAUCGGCGCCUGUUUUGGUUGGCAUUAGGAGUGCCUUGGCGUGGCUGUUUGUUGGCGUGUCUCUUUCACGGAUUCCCAGUCCUGUAUCUUGUUUGGAGUGUCGCUGCUGCCUUGUCCGGAGGCCGUUGCUGUUGGGACGACUAGUCGGAUGUUUGAUAGCGCAUAAAAAUAGAUGGUUUAUUGAGCGGAUGUGCCGUCUAGCUCUAGGCUGUUCCGGUGUAUGCGACUAAGGGAAAGGAUAAACUAUUGGAUGUUUUUGAGAGAAGGGAUGCUUUAACUGAGAUCAUCUGGGUAUAGAUCGUUAUUGGUUCUUGGCAUUCGCACCCCAUUCUUGAGCCAUUGGUGUACAUACAGGGUAUCUGCUAUGGAGGUGUGUGAGGCAUUCCACAGCCAUUUAACGGCGAAUGGUGAACAUUCUUUGCGAGGAGACGCGUUGUUGCAUUAUCACUAAGGUUUGCCUUGUACCUAAUACUAAUAUUACGGCCUGCAUAUAACGACGCCAUGAAUAAUGCGAAAAGGCAUGAGACAAUGCGUUAUCGAUGUUAGGCAGGGUUCGGCAUCUAUCUCCUUAGCGAUUUAAAAACGUUGUAAUGGUUGUGACUUUUUGAAUACAUGUAUUUUCGAUGCA